AUGCCGGCCUGUCAAGACUGGAGGCUUCAACGGGGAGGGGAGGGUCCCCUCGACGCCUGUCGAAGGGGGCCAACGUCGUACUGGGGACCCAAAAUCCGCAUCGAUAUAACGUCCACCUCGAGGCCCUGCUACCUCUUCGCGACGUCUGAUCGCAGCCAGGCUCAUCACGGGAGUUCAGACAAAUCUCGCCCCAUCAACACCACCUCAAUACAGUCGCUAUCCUCCGGUCUUGACGACCUCUUUCGGAAAAGGGGGACACCGUUGAGGGGGGCGACAGUUGCGACACUAAUUCCUUUCUCUGAUAUCGACAUGGGCAUAAUGAAUUCUAUGAGAUUGAGGCAAAGACGAGGUUCAUGGGAGCACCCGGAGCUGUCAGCAGAUCCUAGCAUGUGUUCGUCACCCCUCUCGAGUCUCGCCUCGCGUCUAUCAGGUCUAUCGUCAUGCGCGUUAUCGCUAUCGGGUAACGGGUUGGGCUGCCUGUCGGAAGUGCCCAUGCCCUAUAUGCCUUUCAGAUGCCAACCAUGUAGACUGCAGCGAGCUAGACGCACCAAAGACACUAAAGAAUGCAAACCCCUGACACCGGAUGACGGGGGCCUCAUGUCGGGGUUAACUGUCAAAGGAAAUUUGACAGCCCACCCUCUUCCGAACGGCUUCUUCCGCGGACGGCGCGAUAUAGAACCGUCUCCUGCAGGUCUCAGCUCGUUCUCCGUUAACGGCAAGGACGGACACGGGGAAGGGACGGAAAGCACGGGAAGCCGCGGCUCGCUCGACCGGUCAAGAAAAAAAACGCGCCUUUGGUCUCACUCUCUUGACGAUCGAUAUUCGCCCAACAUUAGUAAAUCACGUCAACGCCGCAGCCCGCGCGACCCCCUUCGAGUCCGCAACUUGCAGAUGACGGAUCACAGAAAGGGCGGCAAAAUGGGAUAA